UCUCAGCUCCGACGAAAUGCUUCCCGCCCGCCGCAUGCUCGCCCCUUGCAACCUGGGCUUCGCUGCAACCCCCAACUGCAACGGUCCAGCUCUUCUUUCUGUUUCUGCAUCUCGCCCCGUUUUAUGAUUUGCAAAUGAAUUGCAUUGCGAUAGCACCAACCGUGAAGUGAAGCUUGCAAAAUGUCCUAAAGUCUGGCCGCUGCUGUCACUGGCCUCUUCACUUUGAUACUGGAAACGGCUGUGACCCAAAACAGUAGGACCAGUCAUGAGGAGAAAUCUGACCAUGAACAAAUUUCUGCCUUCAGCCCUUAUUAGUCUGGCGUUGGUGAUCUCUUGGCUAGCAGGAACAGGGCAGCCUAGCUCAGUAGAAGAUGAAGCAAGGGACAAAAUCACCGUCUUUACCAGAAUUCUUGACCGGUUAUUGGAUGGCUACGACAACCGACUAAGACCAGGAUUAGGAGAGAGAAUAACAGAAGUGAAGACAGACAUCUACGUAACCAGCUUUGGACCUGUUUCAGACACCGACAUGGAAUAUACAAUUGAUGUGUUCUUUCGACAAAGAUGGAAAGAUGAAAGGCUUAAGUUUAAGGGUCCAAUGAAUAUUCUUCGACUGAACAACCUGAUGGCCAGUAAGAUAUGGACACCAGACACAUUCUUUUAUAAUGGCAAGAAAUCGGUGGCACAUAACAUGACCAUGCCAAACAAGCUGCUCCGAAUCCAAGAUGAUGGAACCCUUCUUUAUACCAUGAGGCUUACUGUCCAAGCAGAGUGCCCAAUGCAUCUAGAGGAUUUUCCAAUGGAUGCACAUGCUUGUCCCUUGAAGUUUGGAAGCUAUGCAUAUACCCGCACAGAGGUGAAUUACAACUGGACUGAUGGACCAGGAAAAUCUGUGGUGGUUGCAGAAGAUGGCUCUCGCCUGAACCAGUAUGAUUUACUAGGACAAACUGUGGGGGAAGAGCUUAUCAGGUCCAGUACAGGCGAAUAUAAAGUCAUGACAACAUAUUUCCACCUGAAAAGGAAAAUUGGAUACUUUGUGAUCCAGACCUACCUGCCGUGCAUCAUGACUGUCAUACUCUCACAAGUGUCAUUUUGGUUGAACAGAGAAUCAGUGCCUGCAAGGACUGUCUUUGGAGUGACAACAGUGCUGACAAUGACAACUCUGAGUAUCAGUGCUCGAAACUCUCUUCCUAAAGUUGCUUAUGCAACUGCCAUGGACUGGUUUAUUGCUGUCUGCUAUGCCUUUGUGUUUUCUGCACUAAUAGAAUUUGCCACAGUAAAUUAUUUUACUAAAAGAGGCUGGGCUUGGGAUGGCAAAAGUGUUGUGAAUGAUAAGAAGAAAAAAAAGGCUUCCAUCAUGAAGAAAAAUAAUGCGUAUGCAGUGGCAGUUGCCAAUUAUGCACCUAAUAUCACCAAGGACUCAGUAUUGCCAACGAUUGCAAAGAGUGCAACUGCAGAGCCAAAAGAGGCUAAACCAGAGACCAAACCACAGGAGGCCAAGAAAACAUUUAACAGCGUAAGCAAAAUUGACAGAAUGUCCAGGAUAAUGUUCCCAGUUUUAUUUGGAACUUUCAAUUUAGUGUACUGGGCUACAUAUUUAAACAGAGAACCUGUUAUUAAAGAGAUAAGGAAUGAUGCCACAAAAUAAUCAUUGAUGCAUUUUAAGGCAUGUGGAAUUUCUAAAGGAUGAUGAUGCCAAAUACAACCGGUAAUUGCUAAUCUAUGUACUUUGGUAUGUUUUUAGAAAUAAGCCUUUACUUUGCCAUGUUUCAUUCAGAGAAGACUUGCAGAAUCCAUACAACCCAUGUGUCAAUUUAUAAAAAAGAUUCAAGUUGCAAAGUCAAUGAAGGAACAAUUGGAAUGAGCUAUUGGACACUAAGGAUUAGUUAUGACAAUAGACACAGAGAGAUCAUUUUUAAUAGAUGGUCUGGGCAGUAAUCUGGCUGAGCAGACCACUCAUUUGCUGUAGAAUCUGCGUAUGUUUUUUAUUCCAUUGUAAUCAAUGGACUACAAAUCAGGAGGCUUUUACUUUGGGUGUGUCAUCAUUCUGCCAGGUUACUGUCCAGAUGCAAGAUUGAAAUCUGCUUCCAUAGUAUGUGAUGGAGAAAUCUUGGGAUCAUAAGUUCAAAAUGCUUUGAGCCACACAACUGUUUACAAGGUUUUGCAUUGCAGAUACAUAAAAUCAAAGGAGUUCAUAUGUUAGCACUUAUUGGUUGAAUUAAACAAUUAGGUUACACUCCUAUGAUUUUUUUAAUGUAAUACCACAUGUUAUAUGAAAGUGUUGAUGGUUGAAAGUAGUAUCUAGUGGUUUUUAAUUUCCUGUGUCUAGUACACAAUUUACAUUGGUUUCAGUGCAAAACUUUAAAUUGUAAAAAAAAUGUUUCUAUAUCGUGCAAGAGACGCUUUACGUUUAAAGAAACACAAAAGCUAGGUUUCUCUACAAAAGAAUCUUAUAACACAACUUUAAUGUUUACUUUAUUGUAUUUCUUCCACAUUUGUUUUGUGCUACCAUUUUGGUUUUAAUGUUGAAUAUGACGCAUGUGAUUUGGGGAUUUGCAUGAUGAUACCGGUGCCAAGGUCACAGAGCAGAUUUUGUGACUAACCCAACAAUGGCAUCAUACAAUGCACAGAAAAAAUUGCCUCAGUAAACACAUUAACAUAUCUGAAAUCCAUUUUAUCUUCUGAACCAACUUUAACAAUGCAGAACCUUGAGGGAUACAAUAAAGAAAAAUGAACCCAAAGCUGUGUUUGAUAGAUUUUCUUCCAUAAAGUCAAGAUUGUGACAGAUAUUUGUAAAAAAAACUUU